AUGUCUGAUUCGGAGAGCCCCACGCGAGUGCCAGAUGGGCAGCCGGACCCUGUACUCGUGGGUCCGGGAUUGAAGGCACUGAAGGAGGAUGCCUAUGCCAAUGCCGCCAAUGCAACCCCGAGUUUGGACACCGAUAAGCAGCAUCCAGUGGACAGCGAUGCACCACCCUCUUAUUUUGCUAGCAUCCCGGGAGCAAGCACCCAGGGACUCUAUCCAUCGGAUCUCUCAGCCCCGGAAGAGCCGCAAAGACGGAAUUCAGCUGUUUUACCGGAUGUUGAUCCGAGAACACAACAUCCUGGAUUGAAGCUGAGUGGUCGGUUGAUAAGUGCUGCUUUCUGUAUUCCAUACAAGCUUCAUCACAAAGCAGACUCAGAUUGGACAUUAAAACCUCGCUCUGGAACAUCGGCCCUUUUCGACUCCUUCGCCCAAUUAGCCUCAGAUGAAACCCCUUGGUCACAUACACUUGUAGGAUGGACUGGAGAAGUUGAACCCAUAAUAGAUGCCAAGGCGCCGUUGCAACCGAUCCCUGCCAACACCGCAGGUAAAUUACCGCCUGGACCGAACAAUCAAUCCCACUCAAUCAACAAAGCUGCAGCACCCGUGCCGGUCAAUGCGGCUCAACAACCUACAUCGCACCCUCUGGUAGAUGGAAUCAGCAUUGGACGGGAAGAUAGAGAGAAACUUGAUAAUCAGUUGGCUUCGGGAAGAUAUGGCCGAAUCUUGCCGGUGUGGCUGUCGGACCCAUCAGAGGAGCCCGAAGACUCAAUCCUUCUUAAAGACCAAGGCCGGUGGCGUCGAUAUGCAGAGAGAGAGCUCUACCCUCUUUUGCACUAUAAACAGCACGGUCCCACGGAUGGCCGCUCUGAGCGAAAGUGGUGGGCAGACUACACUCGAUUGAAUCAGUUGUUUGCCGAUCGCAUUGUGAAGGACUAUCAAGAGGGAGAUGUGGUAUGGAUCCAUGAUUACCACCUUUUCCUUUUGCCCAGUCUUCUUCGACAACGUAUUCCCGAUAUUUACAUUGGGUUCUUCCUUCAUUCCCCCUUCCCUAGCAGCGAAUUCGUGAGAUGUCUGGCGAAACGCAAGGAGGUAUUGACCGGUGUUCUUGGUGCGAAUAUGAUUGGAUUCCAGACCUUUUCAUACUCUCGGCACUUCUCCUCCUGCUGCACACGUGUUUUGGGAUUUGACUCCAAUUCGGCUGGAGUGGAUGCAUACGGGGCGCAUGUCGCUGUGGACGUAUUUCCAAUCGGCAUUGACGCCCACUCUAUCCAAAAGGCUGCAUUUGGAGCCCCGGAUAUCGAGAAGACGGUUGCCGGCAUACGCAAACUCUAUGCCGGAUGCAAGAUUAUUGUUGGCCGAGACCGUUUGGACAGUGUGCGCGGUGUGGCCCAGAAACUCCAGGCCUUUGAGAUCUUCUUGGAGCGAUACCCCAAAUGGCGGGAUAAGGUUGUACUAAUCCAAGUGACAAGUCCGACCAGCGUGGAAGAGGAGAAAGAAGACCCAGAGAAUAAAAUCGCCGGACAGAUCUCGGGUCUGGUAUCGACUAUCAAUGGCCGCUUUGGCUCAUUGAGCUUUUCACCUGUCCAGUAUUACCCGCAGUACUUGUCGCAGCGCGAAUACUUUGCAUUGCUACGGGUUGCCGACGUGGGUCUUAUUACUACUGUUCGAGAUGGAAUGAACACCACAAGUCUGGAAUACAUUGUCUGCCAGCAGACUAACCACAGUCCUCUUAUUCUCUCCGAGUUCUCCGGUACAGCAGGUACUCUCCCCAGUGCGAUUCAUAUCAACCCAUGGGACCUAGUGGGCGUGGCUGGUGCAAUUGAUGAGGCUCUCAAAAUGCCCAAUACACAAAAACGGGAGCAGCACCUCAAGCUGUACCAGCAUGUUGCCACCAAUACCGUGGGAGCAUGGUCGCGACAAUUCCUCCACCGGUUGCUGACCAACCUCUCCUCCUUUGAUCAAUCUGUGGCUACGCCUGCUCUUGACCGUGCUAAACUGGUCAAGCAAUACCGCAAGGCCCGGAAGCGCUUGUUCAUGUUUGACUAUGAUGGCACAUUGACACCCAUUGUAAAAGACCCACAAGCUGCCAUCCCGUCAGAUCGUGUUCUGCGCACCCUCAAAACCCUGUCUGCAGACCCACGAAAUGCGGUUUGGAUCAUUAGUGGCCGAGACGAGGCAUUCUUGGAUGAAUGGAUGGGCCAUAUCCCCGAAUUGGGUCUUAGUGCCGAACAUGGCUGUUUCAUUCGUCAGCCUGGUUCAGAUGACUGGCAAAACUUGGCUGAUCAUCCCGAUAUCAAGGAAUGGCAGAAAGAGGUUUUCGAUGUUUUCCAACAUUACACAGAACGAACUGGAGGCUCAUUCAUUGAGCGUAAGAGGGUGGCCUUGACUUGGCACUACCGCCGUUCGGAUCCGGAGUAUGGCAAAUUCCAAGCUCAGGAGUGUCGCAAGACUCUCGAGGAGACCGUUGCGAAGAAGUGGGAUGUUGAGGUUAUGGCUGGUAAAGCUAACCUCGAGGUUCGACCCACAUUUGUCAACAAGGGAUUCAUUGCUACACGGUUAGUGAAUGAGUAUGGCACCGAGCCAGGCAAGGCCCCUGAAUUCAUCCUGUGCUUGGGAGAUGAUUUCACAGACGAAGACAUGUUCCGUGCUCUUCAGAAAUUCGACUUGCCUCAGGACCACGUCUACUCGGUGACAGUGGGUGCCAGUUCGAAGCAAACCGAUGCUAGCUGGCACUUGUUAGAGCCAGCUGAUGUUAUCAACACAAUUCAGAUGCUUAAUACAUAG